GUUCGAAUUGGAUUGUGUGAAGGAUAAGAAAAGUUAAAAGUACAGAUAAAAUGCCGCCAACACCCGGUAAAAAGCCAUUUUCACAACCUAUUCCAGAACAACUUAGUGAGCCAGUACCACCUUCAUCUGUUAUUAUUAUUCAUCCCGGGUCUUACAACUUGAGGAUUGGACGAGCAUCUGACACAUUUCCAGUAGCUGUUCCCCACUGCAUUGCCCGCAAAAAGAGAUCUCAGUCGACUCCAUAUCAACCAGAAGCUUGGCUGGCCAGACCAGAAUGCAAUCACCCUGAUGUGAAACAGCAGAAACGCUUAGGUCUGAAGUCAGCGGAAGAAGCCUUGCUAACGAAGCCUACAGCUAUUGGAGGUUACAGACAGCUCACUCCUGGCAGAGAGCUAGCCAGCUACAACUGUUCAGUGAAACCUGAGAGAACUGAUGUUGUCAAUCCUCAGAAGUGGACGACCACAGACAAACCGUACAUUGUUGGGGGAGAUGCCCUGCUGAUUCACCCUUCCAGUAACUAUUCCCUGCACUGGCCGAUCCGCCGGGGACACCUGAAUGUACACAGUGGUUCGAACGAGACACUCAACUCGGUGCUGGCCGAUCUCGAAGUGAUAUGGCAGACUGUGAUAGAGACUCACCUCAACAUACCACAAAAAAACUUUCAGAAUUAUCAUGUGAUCCUACUCAUUCCCGAUGUUUAUGUCCACAAGCAUGUGAAGGCUCUCAUGAAUCUACUCUUAGACAAGCUGGGCUUUGGAGCGGCCUUUAUCCACCUGGAAUCUGUGUGUGCAAUCUUUGGAUCGGGAAUUUCUUGUGCCUGUGUGGUAGAUGUUGGCGAUCAGAAAACCAGUGUCUGUUGUGUGGAAGAUGGCAUCUCGCAGAAAUCUUCAAGAAUUGUGAUGGAGUAUGGAGGGGUGGACGUGAGUCGCUGUUUACACUGGAUGUUGGGGAGGUGUGGUUUUCCCCUCCGAGAGUUGAACCUGUCUCUGCCGGUUGACAUUCUUCUCUUGCAGCAGUUGAAAGAGUCGCUAUGUCACAUGGAUAUCAAUGACAACGGCGGUGUGAUCGACCAGUUUGUGCAGAUCAAGCGUCCGCAGACGAACAUCAUCAAGUACAAUAUCAAGCUGGGCGAUGAGCUGCUGCUGUCGACGCUGAGUCUGCUGUUCCCGGAGAUGUACGGGUUGCAUGGCGCCCACCUUGUCCACGUCCAGAGUCGCUUUGCCGGGGACCCCGAUGACCCCCACGACGAGAGCUACCUCCGCCAGACGCAGAGGGCCGGCGGACAGUCGGGGAAGACGAAGAAGGACAAUCCGGAGAUGACGCGAGAUGCGUCGGAGAGCAGUCUGAUACAGCUGGAUGAAAACAUGCAGGUUCAGGGAGAUGACGACUCGAACGACGCACCAGAUAGUUUACCUGCCAGCGAAACGAAGCUCGGCCGACGCACAGAGAUGGAGGAGGAGGAGGAGAAGGAAAGUGAACCUGUAGCCCAACUCAUGGGCGUGGACGAGGCCAUUUUAUACAGCAUUGAAAAGUGUGGCAGCGAGGAGAUGAAGAAAAAGAUGUACAGCUGUAUCGUGGUGGUGGGCGGCGGACUCGCCCUGUUUGAGGGGGCCCAGGACUGGUUACAGUACCGAGUCUGGCUACAGAUGCCAAGUAACCAGAGGAUGAUCCUUGAGUCCAUGGAUGUCAUCACACGGCCAAAGGACACGGACCCUCGCGUGGUGUGCUGGAAAGGUGCUGCCAUAAUGGCGUGUCUUGAUACAACACAGGAACUGUGGAUCUGGCAGAAAGAAUGGAAACAGUACAGUUGUAGGCUGCUCAGAGAGCGGGCGCCGUUCAUUUGGUGAUACAGCGUCUGGCAGAGAAUUUAAAACAUUUCCAAACAUUGAAGACUUGAUGUCAGAAAAAGAAAAGUCAUGAUGUUGGUGACCUAUAUGAUUGCCGCUUCUCUGAAGAGGACAAAUGGUGUGCUGCUGUAUGCUACAUGUUAACAUUACCAACUAGAAACAGCAAGACGUUACUUUGCUGGUGGCAAGACAAGAAGAUGCUCUACAGUUAUGGCAUGUAGGAACAUCAGAGAAUAUGGAAGAAACCCAGUGUGUUUGGCUAUUUCAAGAAUGGAAACAGCCAUAUGAGAUAUAACACGGUGCUAACAAAAAUACACACGACUGAAUCUAGGUGCUUGACUUCACUAAACCAGUCGGGCUACAAUAUGGUUUCAAGGAUAAGCACCCCUCGAAAGCAUUUCACAGUCGGCUCAUUCUACAUAUCUAAGCUUUAACUAAGCAAAGUACUGAUAAAACAUCGCAAGUUUGUGUGACCAAACCAAAACAUCAGCUUUCUAUACAUUGAUGUAUUUAGACAAGACAGUUAUUAUCAGUUGAAAAAACGGUAUCCGAAUUAUCGUGAUGAAAACGAGAGUAUUCAAGGGACUGUCCUGAGUUUCUGACUAACAAAGUCUUUAUCACUACUACAAUCAUACGUUAAAUACAUCUUCUUGUUUAGAAUAUCAGUGUCUGUAUACUCUGUAUGUUUCUGGUCAUCCUAAUGUUUGUAGCAGUACUUUCAUUUUACUUCCUAAUAUAUAUGAAGAGUUCAGGCGCAAAACGCGAUA